GUGAAGGAGAGAGAAUGGAGGGAUGGGGUGAUGGUGAACGGGAAAGAGAAGAAUGAUCAUCAGCAAGGCUCUUAGACUUGGGAAACGGAUGUGUGUGAACCUGGAACCGAUCGCUUGAGGUGUGUGUGUGACGUAUAAUUCGGUGCAGUGAGGUAGAUGUCCGGGAUAUACACGAGCAGAACGGGAGGCCCGCGUGACUGCUGCAGGGAAGAGAGAAGAGGACAGAUGGGGUUGAGUUUGUGUGGUCCACCGCAAAACUCCCAUGGAGGUAAAAUAUGGAAAGAGGAGGAAUAGCAAAUGAAAACAGCACAAACGUGCCGACGGCUCAAGGAGGAUGGACUUUCUAUCAUUUAUUUACGUUUACUUUCGACGGAUUUAAGUAAUUUCUUAACCUGAACAGUUUGCCGACCGGACCGAUUAAGAUCUGAUCAAGAGCUAUCUCUCUCAUCCUUCAGAUAGGUCCGGUAGUCGGACCUUCGUGAGGACAGGACAACUCGGGCCUUGUUUCGAUGCUUGUUCCUCGUCACCUUGACAAGAUCCAGACCCAAUCACCGCCACACAAUACAUAUGGUUUCUCAUUACGGUAGAAACAACGGGAUAUCUGGUGCUUAAUAACCGGUGCUGCUACAGGACUGCGGCCUCGGGGCUCCGCCCACCGCAAUGCUAUGGGCCUUAGGAGGUAGAUAGAUAUAUGGAGACAGAGGAACAGAACGGAGCUGUGUGUCGUAAAUGCAUUCAGGUUCUCAAAGAUUAGCCCUAGGUAUUUUUCUUAUUUUUCCCCUCACGUGAACAUGUUGAAGUUUGUCUGGGGUGCAGAUGCAAUAGGACAUAUACACAAUAUACAGCUGCUAAGCAGCUAUUGCUCUUUUCAUAUGCUAAAUAGCCCAGUCUUCUGAGUUGAGAGUUUUUGGAAACCGCAUUGUGGCGCGUCAGGAUCGAACCUUGGGGAUUAUUGCACAACGGCUUUGUCAUCUGCCAAUUGACAACCCAGGGCCAAAGUGAAAAGGGGGUGAUUUUUUUUAAAGCAACAAACUCUCCAUCUCUCUUUUACACACACACACACCGCAUAUAGGCUUACACACACGCACACAUACACAGGCUCACCACUCUCCACACAUACACAGGCUCACCACUGUCCACACACACCAGCCAUGCCACCCCCGUCAGACUCCAGCAGUGUAGUGUCAGCCUCUGGGUCUAGGGGCUGGUCAGAUAGCUGCCGGGGCAUGUCUGGCCGUCAGGGUGGGGCCAAACUGCUGCUGUACCUGGGGCUGUGCCACCUGGGCCUGGGGGCCAUGGUCCUGGCCUUCUCCUUCACCAGCAUGGCCUUCACAUCCUCAGCCCGCGUCCGACAGUCCUGCCCCUUCUGGGCCGGCUUCUUUGUUGUGGCAUCAGGGUUAGUUGGACUUAUCUCAUGGAGAAGACCACUCACUCUGGUGGUGUCCCUCUUCAUGCUGCUGUCUGCUGUGUGUGUCAUCCUUAGUCUGGCUGGAUCCAUGCUCUCCUGUCAGAACGCACAGAUGGUCAAGUCACUCCUCACCUGCCAGGUGGAGAAUGGGUUGUGUGUGUGUUGCGCCCCAACACACUCCUGCUCUAUAAACGAGGAGGAGACCCUGGUACUCUACCUAAACGCAGACUGCCACUCUGUCAGACAUCAGCUCAAGGACCUGUUGUUCAGUGCUUGUGGUCUGAGUAUUCUCUCUACCAUCAUCUGUACUCUCUCUACUGUCACCUGUAGUAUACACAUCUUCUCCCUGGACCUAGUGCACCUGUUCGCCCCGCACCGCUCUCGCUCCGUCAACCCAGAAUGCACCACUCCUCAGGACGCCUUCCUGACCAACAUCAUGGACUUUGAGGAGUUUGUCCCGCCCAUCCCUCCGCCCCCCUACUACCCCCCUGAAUACACCUGCAGCUCUGAGACAGACGCACAGAGUAUCACCUAUAAUGGGUCGAUGGAGAGUCCAGUUCCUCUCUAUCCCACUGACUGUCCCCCUCCUUACGAAUUAGUGAUGGGACAGAGAGCAGCUAGCCAGGCCACGGUGUUUGACAGCCAUGGGAAUGAGCUGUCUGGAGAGAGGGCCACAUCCACGGCCUUCAGCGGAGAGGUCUCCAUGGACAGUGGUUCUCUGUUGAUGUCGGAGAUCAUUGACAUCCCAGAUGACUCCUCACCUUCAGAGGACUCCUGCCUCGUGGGGGUGAGGGCUAGGGGGGAGAGAGGGAGCACCGGGGGAGUGGAGGGGGGAGACGGGGGAGAAGGAGGGGAGUAUGUGAGCUUCCGUGGCACCCCUCCCCAAGCCCCGGAGAGUCCCCUGGUAGAGAGUAACACUCCUGGUCCCCCCCUCCAGUGUGAUGAGCAGCUAGCCAGGUCAGUGGGGAAUCUGGACAUGUUGGCCAGUAGUUGUUCCCAGUUGGUCUAUUAA